AGUUUAGUAAUUAUUUGGUUAUUGUUAUUGUUUAUACAUUCUCUAAAACAAUUUUAAAGUAUGUUCCAAAUACUGCGUCAUUCACUGCGUUCGUCUUUCAUCAGAGAUUACACAACGAGCAUCGCGCAACCUACCGCCGUGCGUAUCGUGGAGGUUGGGCCCCGAGAUGGGCUUCAAAAUGAGCCGACACUUUUACCGGCAGAAACGAAAAUUGAAUUUAUUAAUGCCCUGUCGGAAACCGGACUACGUUCGAUUGAGGUAACGAGUUUCGUAAGCUCAAAAUGGGUACCUCAAAUGGGUGAUAAUGCAGAAGUAUUGAAAGGUAUCAAUAAAUUACCGGGCAUCAAUUAUCCGGUUUUGACACCAAACUUGAAAGGAUUUCAAGCUGCCGUAAAAGCUGGCGCAGAAGAAGUAGCUGUUUUUGGGGCUGCGUCCGAAAGUUUCACUAGGAAAAAUGUUAAUUGUUCUAUCGCUGAAAGUCUAACUCGAUUCCAGGACGUUGUGGAUGCAGCUAAGGAAGCAAAAGUAAAAGUUAGAGGAUACGUCUCAACUGUUGUGGGUUGCCCAUAUGAAGGAAAAAUCAAGCCGUCGGCUGUGGUUCGUGUAGUUGAUAAAUUGUUGGAAAUGGGCUGCUAUGAAAUCUCCCUUGGUGAUACAAUUGGCGUUGGGACACCCGGAAACUUUUCAGAAAUGUUGCGUGAAGUUACCAAAAUCGCACCGAUCAACAUGCUAGCCGUCCAUUGCCACGAUACUUACGGACAGGCGUUACCGAACAUUUUGACAUCACUAGAGUUCGGAGUAGCCGUAAUUGAUGCAUCUGUAUCUGGCCUUGGCGGAUGUCCUUACGCUAGAGGCGCAUCGGGCAAUGCAGCAACGGAAGAUGUAAUUUAUAUGUUGCAUGGACUGGGAAUCGACACGGGUAUUGAUCUAGCAAAGCUAGUUAAUGUUGGGAAGUUUAUCUGCGAAAAACUUGGACGACAGUCCGAAUCGAAGGUCAAUCGCGCCAUGAGAAAAACUAAUCCUAAUGCCAGAGGGUAAGUUGUUUCAGAAUGUUGCGAUUUCCAAAAAUGCUCGCCUUAUUGUGAAACACAGUGCAUUUACAUAGAGUCUGCAAUCCAUUUUAUAUUAAAUAAGUAUUUUGGAAUGAUUUUUACAGUAGUGUACAGAGCAAUUAUAUA